AUGCUGGUGGCGGUGCUGCGGCGGGGAUCGCGCGCCACCACCGCGCGUGAGUGUGCGCAUCUCACGGACUCGUGGAGUAAGGAUGUGCACAUCAACCCGUCAUCUACAUUCGCCGAACGCACGCUGUCGGGGGUCGACACCUCGUGCUCCCCCCUGCCACCAACCCGACGGUGCCGAUCGUCGAGCUCCUCAGCGGGCGACAAGUGGUCAGGAGCCCACGAGCGUAGUUGGGCGGCGUCGUCGAUCGGUGGAUCGCAUGGUGCUUCCCCAGAUCCGCGUCAGAUCACCGCGCAGCUGAAACACGCUCAAGGAGCUCGCGCGAUCCUCGCCAACGUCGGCAACCACCUCGAGAAACUCAAUCCAAUCCACGCGAGCUUCGCCCUGAACCUACUGGGCAAGGAUGCGUCCAGAAACCGCAAGGGCCAACUUCGUGAUCUGCUGCGCAACGAUGGAGCGUUCGCCGGCCUUCUGCAGCUCACGAAGCGGUUCGCGACUGAGUUUCCGGCGAGGGAAUUCUCCAACGCCCUGCACGGGAUUGCCAAGCUCUGCGCAAAUAAAGCACUAGAUGCGAGAGGGGCAACGACGGUGGAGGUCAUCGAAGCGCUCGAUGCAGCGCUUGUGAAGUGCGCCGGGGAUCUCGAACCGCAGGGUUCAUCGAUCGUGUGGUGGGCGUACGCGAUACUGGGCAGGCCGCCCAGUCAAGAAGCGGCGGCGGCGCUCGCAUCCGUCACUGUCAGGGGUGCUUGCCAGAUGGGGUCGCAACAUGUGGGCAAUACCUGGUGGGCUCUCGGAUCCCUGAUCGGUGGCGAGUCCCGGCCUUCGAGCAACAGGGAAGCGGCGAAAUACUUACACCAAAACGAUGAAAUGUGGCGGGGUCUGAUCGAAGCGGCCAAACGAGAGGCGGCGAAGGGUAUGCGGUCUCAGGAGCUGGCCAACGUGGCGUGGUCGCUCGCGACGACUCGGCGGGUCAUUGACGAGGAUCUGUGGGCUAUUGUACAGAAAGCAAUCGCGAAGGGGGCGGAUGAGAUGAAUGCUCACGCGGUGUCAACAAUCUGGUGGGCACACGCAACAUUGGGGAGGUUGCCGGACGGUCCCGCGUUGACGGCGCUUUGUGCCGCGACGGAGAGGAGCGCGAGAGAAGCGUUCAACGCCCAGGAUGUGGCCACGACGGUCUGGUCACUCGCUACUCUCUCGUCCUUGCGCGGGAUGCCCCUGCCGCGGUGCUAUGAUGACGCGUGGAAGAUUGCGAGAGAUAUGCAGCCGGGUCAGUUCCACAACACAGGUCUGUGCAAACUGUUCCACGCGUACCUCAUGCGCAAGCACGGUUUGUCCGUCGGUGACAAGGGCGAGUACCCGGUUUGGAUCAUCAACCAGGCCAAGGACGCAUGGAUCAUGCAGGUGCGGGACCUGCAUGAUCAGCAUGCCUCGCACACGUACCAAAGCGAGAUCGCGGGGGUUUUCAGGGAUCAAUUAAAGCUGAAUUGCGAGGUCGAGCGGGUGACGGACGGCGGAUAUUUCUCAGUCGACGUGUACCUGCCGGAUGGGGAGGUUGCCGUUGAAUAUGACGGUCCCCAACACUUCGUCGGGCCUGGACGAGAUCAGCUUCGAUCGUUCAGGAGCGGCGAGACAUGCACCAAGACGGCGGCGACGGAGCUCAGGGAUUUAUUCCUCGCCAAGACCUGUGCCGGAAGUUAG